CGCAGUUUAUGCUCAUAAAUCGAAGGAAAAAGCUUCGACUUAAAAACUUAAUGGGGGCCCUUCAUUGGUUGGAAAGCAUAAAACUUGCAAGUUCUGCAUCGGGGCUCGAUCAUUUUGAAUGGGAAAUGAAAAACUUCUCGUCGGAAUUUCAACUUCCUAACCUUGAAAAUCCCCCCUCACAACCAGAAGGAGGAGGCGGAGGAAGAAGAAGGAAAGAUAGCAAACGGGGGAAUUCAGAAGCAGAAGAACAAGAAGAAGAGGUAGCAAGGUGCGAAUGGAAUUUCAGCCUCGCCACCGUAGUUUCCUCCAGGUCCGCCGGCACCGUUUCCGACACAAUAGGAUCCAUAGAAAUCGACCCCACCGAUAGGUUGGUCGCCACCGGAGGGAUCGCCAGAAAAAUAAGAAUUUAUAGCUUGAAUAAACUUCUGCCAAACACAGCCUCACAUGACGUGCGUUAUCUGGACCACAGUGGCGCGUGCGAUUAUUUCAUCUGCGCCCCAGCGAAGCUAAGCAGUCUACGAUGGAGACCCGGGUCGGGUGGCCGGGUCAUUGGAUGCGGAGACUACGACGGUGUGGUCACGGAGUACGACCUGGAGGGGAAGAUCCCAGUUUUCGAGCGAGACGAGCACGGCGGCCGGCGAGUCUGGAGCGUGGACUACUCAUAUUCAGACCCAGUUCUUGGGGCAUCCGGGGCGGAUGACGGAACCAUGCAAAUGUGGGAUCCACGUCACCAAAACGACGUCGCGGUGGUGACGCCGCCAGGCAAGCGGUCAGUUUGCAGCGUUGAGUUCAAUCCAUUCAACCAUUCAAUGGUGGCGAUGGGAUGCGCCGACCACAAGGCAUACGCUUACGAUAUCCGGAAAAUGUCGGAUCCAGUGAUGAUAUUGGAAGGUCACAGAAGGACGGUGAGCUACGUUCGGUUUCUAGAUUCACACACGUUGGUAUCCGCCGGAACGGACGGGUGUCUGAAGAUGUGGGACAUAAAGGAGUCACGCGUGAUUCGAACAUACAGAGGGCACAUAAACAGCCGGAGCUUCGUGGGGCUAUCGGUGCAGCAGAGUAGCGGCGGCGGGGGGUUGCUGGGAUGCGGGUCGGAGAAGAAUGAGGUGGUGGUGUAUGAUACGAGGUGGGGCCAGCCGAUAUGGGCGAGAGCGUUUGGGACGAGAGAGAGGGUGCAGGAGGCAGGGGCGUUUGUGAGCAGUGUGCAUUGGAGGCACGCCGGCGCCGGCGGAGAGGAGAAUGAUUGCACACUUCUCAGCGGCGGGUCCGACGGCGUCCUCCAGAUUUUUGUGGGGAGAAGGACCACCAUGGCCACAAAUGGUGGCAACUCCUUGGAUACAUCGAUCAUUCAAGUCGUGAGUCCAAAAAAAAAACAAAAACAAAACUCAAAUGGUGCUUCUUUUUUCUUAAAACCUUGUUUGGGUAAGUGAUCAUUUUCCUUUUACCACCUUGAGAAAGUUGUCAUGUUAUAUUAAAAAUACUUAAUUUUAUGUGAGCAAAGUUAUGUAU